AGAGGUUCCACCGGCUGACUAUCUAUUUCAAAUCAAAUCAUUCUCCUUACUUCCAGAUACGAAAGAGAAAAGAUAUGAAUCUUGUGACUUUGUAUCUGGUGGCUACACAUGGAAAUUGUGUCUAUACCCGAAUGGAGAUGAGAAAAACAAUGGUAACAGACACAUCUCUCUCUACUUGGCAAUAUCAGGGGCAAAUACUUUACCUCUUGGUUGGGAGGUUAAUGUCAACUUCAAGUUAUUCGUGUAUGAUCAAGUACGAGACAAGUACCUGACAAUCCAAGAUGCUAAUGGGAGAGUAAGCCGAUUCAACAAGUUGAAGACUGAAUGGGGUUUUGCCAAAUUACUUUCCCUUGAUACUUUCAAUGAUGCUUCAAAUGGGUACCUUGUUGAUGACUCCUGUGCAUUUGGGGUCGAGGUUUAUGUUAUUAAAUCUACCGGCAGAGGAGAAUGUCUUUCUGUUAAGAUGGUGGAACCUUCUAACAAUACCUACACUUGGGAGAUCAAAAAUUUUUCAAAAUUGGAUGAUGGAGUCUUGUACUCGGAACUUUUCUCAAUUGGGAACCACAAAUGGAAGAUAAUUGUUUAUCCCAAAGGAACCGGCAGUGCAAAGGGCAAAAGUUUGUCUGUCUUUCUACAAUUAGCUGAUAGUGGAACCCCUCCAACUAAGCGUAAACUAUCCGUGGGAUUCACUUUGGGGGUAAAAAGCAGCAAAGUGAAAGAUCAUUGUUGGUUCAGUGCACCGAGCGACAAUUGGGGUUCUUCUAAUCUUGUCUCGCUGGUAGAUCUCCAUGACAGGUCGAAGGGUUUCAUAGUACACGAUACUUUGGUUGUUGAAGUACAAAUUGAUGUAAUGAUCGAUGUGAAAGAGUUCACUUAGAGAAGAACCUUGAGCGGGCUUAGAAUUGUCCAUGCCAAGCUUAUUGUUCCUUUGUUCUUUCGAUCAUGUUGUUCCAAAUGUCAUUGAAUCCAACUGGGAAAAUGAUAGGAAAAAGAUAUUGUAAUUGCUGACCUUCAUCAUAGCUGGCAUCUUUUGCUACACUUCUAAUGAUGCACAAAAUAGGCUUAUGCAAAAUUUGUAACUUGCAUCAUUUUA